AUGCUUCAGACUCGAGCAGCAAGUACGAACCAGGAUCCCAAGAACUGCUGUCCGGAGACCUGCUGCUUCAACGACCUUCCGACUGCUCGACAAUGUUUGGGCGAUAACGUGACCGAAAAGCAUCAAGAAUGGUGCGGCUACUUCCCCACAGCAGAUUCGGCUGCAAACUGCUGGUUGAAUGUUGUCGAAAACGCGACCGGACACUUGUUCUGCACCCCUCUUCACCUGCCUUCAAGCAGCGCAACCCGAGCUGGCAGAUUCACCUGGCUUGUGUCGCUGCUCAUGGUUGCAUGCUGGGUGGCAAUUGCUGCAGCUGAGCGUGAGCCGGUCGUCAAGAGGGACCUUUCCCUCGGCAUCUACAAAGGCAAGGACAACUUCAUGUACUACAACGACGGAGUCAGAGUCAACUGGACCGAGCUGAGCUCAAGCCAUGCUAAAGGCUAUCAGGACAUUCGUAACGGCGUUUCAUCGGCAGGUCAUUUCACGGGAGUCAAGCACACCCUACAGAAGCGCAAAGACGAAAUCUACACUCUUAAGGGCGACGGGGAUCCCCAUCAGAACUACAAAUUCGUUCAAGUCUCGCCGAAGAUGACUUGCGCUGAUCACGACUGCUCUGUAGCGCAGGGAUAUUCCGUUACUACGGAUUGGACCGCCAACGUCGGAGGAGCUUGGUUUGCCAGUUUGGGCUUCUCCGUAACGGAAAGUCAUACUGACGGAGUGACCUUCUCCUGUAACGGCGCUAAUCAUGAGAGCAUGUGUGUUUGGCAUCAGACGGACCUCACAGCCUAUACCGCAACAGUACAGGAAGAAUAUUGUGGUGGUAUGUUUGGCGGUCUGGGUUGCCCAGUAUCACGCCCGCUUCGCGAUAUCAUUCUGUUUUCGCCGAACAACCGGCAAUGCGGUCUAGACUGGCACUGUCGUGAAGGCAGCGACUGCACCUACAAGGACGCCGAGUAUUACAUCAAGUGCGGACCUCCAGGCGCCGAGGAUUGCGACCACAGGGAGAAUGUUGACGGAUGGGGCGGUGAUCAGUAUUACCAGCUCCCAGCCGGCUGUUGA